GCAUCGCCUAGCCCAGUUCAUCCAUUUUGUUUAGCUUAGCUUGCGCGGCUAACUUUACCUCCGACCUGUGCAGCAGAGAUGGAUGACGGUGACGAGCCGGGUUUAGUCUCUCUCUCUCACAACACUUCCUCAGGCUCAAAGUCCGGCGGGGACAAAAUGUUUUCCCUAAAGAAGUGGAACGCUGUCGCUAUGUGGAGCUGGGACGUCGAGUGUGACACUUGUGCCAUCUGCCGGGUACAAGUCAUGGACGCUUGCCUCCGAUGUCAGGCGGAAAACAAACAAGAGGACUGUGUUGUUGUUUGGGGAGAAUGCAACCACUCCUUCCAUAACUGCUGCAUGUCCCUUUGGGUGAAGCAGAACAAUCGCUGCCCCCUCUGCCAGCAGGACUGGGUGGUUCAGAGAAUCGGCAAAUAAACAUCGACUCCAGGCUGUCUGAUUCUCAGACCGCACCUGCAUUCACCUAAAAGUGAUGACGGACUGUACAGUGAUCACUACAGUGUGCAGAGCAACUUGGCCAUUGACAACAGUCCUCCUAUUUAUGAUUGCAUGUUCCAGUAGUCCCGGUUGUCAAAGGAGGACAAUGGACUAAAAAUGAAAGCAGUGCAGACCAGUUGUUACGGAUAGUUUGAGGAGGCUGGAAGGGAUCGAGAGUCUCAAAGAGAAGGAUGAACUUUGUUUCAGUGUUUGGUCUCGUGAGCUUCACAUAAUUAUCUGUGGUGCUGUUAAACACAUAUUGAAUAUGUGGCUGUCUUUUUAAAAAUAAAGAAAUGAGUAUAGUGGCAAA